AAUCAAUCCAUCCAUUCUUCACACCCAGAGUCAUUUAGGGCUUUCUUCAACCUUCAAUUCCAUCAAACACUUGUUUAUUUUUCCCUAAAUAUCUGCAUACCUCUUUCAAUCUACAUUUUCUGACACGAUCGCUUCUUCAAGGAUCAAAUUAGGUUGUUGUUCGAAUCGCAACCGAGAUUAGGUUUACGUAGAAGACAUUUAGUUUAAGAGGGGUUUGAUGAGGAAGAAGAGAAAAGGCAGUGACUUAUUCUGCACUGAUAAUAAAAAGGAAAUUGUGGAAUCAACUGGUGAUUCGGAGUCAUUGAUAUCGAAUCUAAAGUGUCAUUACUCAUUAGAAGAUUAUGUUAGAUUGAAAAAAAGGUGUUGUAAGGAAGAUGUGGUUUGUGGUGGUGCUGAUCCUAAUGGAUCAUGUAAGAAUAGACUUGCUGGUAUCGCCGCCACUGCUCCGCCCUGUGCAACCACAUCGUUGGUUUUAUCCGGUAGAGGGAUUAAGAGGAAGAUUGGGUGCAUUGAUGUAGCGACUCAGAUGGGUAGAAAAAACAAGAUUGCAGAAGAUUAUAUUAAGGGUGCUACGAUUGGGAAGGGUAAGUUUGGGUCUGUUUGGUUGUGUAGGUGCAGGGUUAGUGGUGUGGAAUUUGCUUGUAAAACAUUGGUGAAAGGGGAAGAAACAGUUCAUAGGGAGGUUGAGAUAAUGCAGCAUUUAUCAGGGCAUCUGGGGGUUGUGACAUUGAAGGCAGUGUAUGAGGACUUGGAAUCUUUUCAUCUAGUGAUGGAGUUGUGUUCGGGAGGUAGAUUGAUCGACCAGAUGACAAAGGAAGGUCGUUAUUCUGAGCAACGAGCUGCUAAUAUAUUCAAGGAGUUGAUGAUGGUGAUUAAAUAUUGUCAUGAUAUGGGUGUGGUUCAUCGUGAUGUAAAGCCUGAAAACAUUCUUCUGACAGCUUCAGGGAAGAUUAAGCUUGCAGAUUUUGGCUUGGCAGUGAGGAUCACAAAUGGUCAGAGCUUAGCUGGUUUGGCUGGAAGCCCGCCUUAUGUGGCCCCUGAAGUUUUAACAGGGAACUAUUCAGAGAAAGUGGAUGUCUGGAGUGCCGGUGUUCUUUUACACGCUCUAUUGGUUGGUGUUUUACCGUUUCAAGGAGACUCGUUGGAAGAUGUCUUUGAGGCAAUCAAGACUGUGGAACUCAAUUUCCACACUGGAGUUUGGGAAUCCGUGUCCAAACCUGCACGUGAUUUGCUUGAGCGCAUUCUCACACGAAAUGCUGAUUCUAGAAUAACAGCUGAGGAAGUACUAAGCCAUCCAUGGAUUCUUUUUUACACGGAACGCACCUUAAGAUCUCUAUCGUUCAAGUCAAAAUCAAAACAUCAAGUGGGACCAUCGUCGUCACAAACAGCACCUACGACCAAUGUAGUCGAGUUGACUAGAAAGAAAACGUUAGAUGGUGGUUCGAUAAUCAAGUAUUCAUCUCCAUCAUCAACCUCUAGAAGUUCAGGUUCAGACGAGCAAGAAGAUGAUGAUUCUGGGGGUCUGGUUGAUGCACUUGCCGUUGCGAUUUCAAACGUGAGGAUUUCUGAACCAAAAAGAAGCCGGUUAUGUGUGCCAACGAGUCCGAUUCGGGAACAGUGUUCUUCUAAUGUCACAACUAAUAACCUUUGCAAAGCAUGUUGAUAGCUGAUUGAUGACUUCUAAUUUUGAAGAUGAGAAAUGAUGAAAAUCUUAUCUUCAUGGGGUUGUAGCAAAGAGAAGGGGUAUAUAGUGACUGACUGUAAAUAUAGGAGGAGGGAGUGGAUUUUUUUAAAUGGAUUUUGGUUUUAAAUCUGGAAGUGUAGCAGAAGAAGCUAUAUGAAUAAAUUGUUCAUGGGUUUUACUUUC